GGCGAGUAUGGGCUUGCUGUGUGGAGACGUUUAUUUUUACGUCUGUAUUUGCCGGCCCGGCUGCGUAGGGUGAGCUUGCUACGUCUGCUGCCAGGUUUUUGUUCUGAAGUGCAACUCCGCGGGCUGCAGGCCUUCAUUUGAGGGGUGCGGAGGGGAGGAAGCGCCGAAAAAAAGAGCUAGGAGAUAAUGAGCAGCAAACGCCGCGAGGGUCAGCGACUGCUGUCAGCGGAGCGCGCCCAGCAGAGCAGCAAACGGAGCCGGCUGGGCGCGUCAUCCUCCCCCCGGCUCAGGGACCUGUCCGGUGCUGAAAGCGGCGGCCGCGCCAGCUCCACUCUUCCUACUUGGAUGCGCCUGUAUUUCUACGGGAUGCACGGGAUCACGCUGGACGUCCUGCUGUCCUCCGUGCAGCGCUUCGCGCGGACCAGCGAUCCGAAGAUGCUGGGUUACUCGUCGCCCUACCUCGCUGUGCUCCACUCGCUCUCCCACCUGGCCCUGGAGAAACUCUACCUGCAGGGAAGGAACUUCCAAGGGCGGCCCGUGGUCUUUCACCUGCUGCUCUACCCCUCGGUCUACGUGGGCUUGCAGAGUCUGUUGUCCACGCUGGCGGAGGGCUCGGGCUCCUCGCUGCUCACCCUCCUGCUGCACUAUCUCCUCGCCCUCUACGACUCGCAGCUCUUCCUCAAGGGCUUCCUCCGCCUACAGUGUUGCUGCCGCCGAGCUCGGCUGCCCGAACGUUUGCCCUCGCCCCGGGGUCUCCCCGGCUCCCUGCGCUUUGUCUUUUACGGGAUGCACGGAUUCUUGGACGAGAUCUUCUUCACGUCCAUGUUCAACCUGGUGGAGAACUCGGACCGCAGGCUAUCGGGUCACACGUCGCUCUGGUCCUUCCUCAUGUACGGCAGCUGCAGCUUCGUGGUGGAGAAGCUCUACUUCUAUCUGUACUACCGCCUCGGCUGGACCACUUGGCAGAGGUUGCCCGUGUACAUCCUCUUCAUCUACACCUGGGAAUUCACCUGGGGACUGGGGCUCCGCCACUACGACGCUUGUUCCUGGGAUUACUCUCACUAUCCGCUCAACUUCAUGGGCCUCGUCACCCUAAUGUACCUGCCUGGUUGGAUCGUGCUCAGUUACUACCAGGACGUGUUGUCUAACGUGUUACUACGUGUGCAGUGUGCCAAGAGCAAAAGCUCCAAGACAGUCUGCAGCAAUGGCAAAAGCAAAGAAUCCUGACUCAAGCAAGAAGCUGAUUUUUUAGUACAUCUGAAACUAACGGGAGUUUUGAUAACGAUUGGGAUAUAUUUUAAUAAACGGCGGAGAGUUAUGAUUAAAUAUUUAGCUUUGCAUAAGACUGAUAAAUAUUAACGAUCAUCAAAUUGAUUGCAAGCCGGCUUCCAGCGGACGCAUGUUCCCUUCCAUUGGUAGCAACUCUCCAAUUGUAAUUGUCCGUCCAUACUCUCACGGCCCACGGUGUUCAAGGUGUGCGUGUUGUGGCUAUAAUUCCAGAAUCUGCUGAGUUCUGUACUUACAGUAUAACCAUCACAUUAUCAUGCGUUCAACAUCAGACAUUGCUUGCAGUAGUGUUGUAAAUCUCACGUUGAGUAGGUUUAGUUUAAAAAAUAGCAACCGGGGAAGAUCUUUGCCAGCCAAGCUGCCUGGGGCAUUGAAACCCAAUUUGAAAAUCAUUUAUUCCCUGCCAUAUUGAUUAACAGCACAAAGAAUUGCUAAAAAUAUUUUUAAAAAACAGAUCAGUAGUUAGUCAAUCAGAAUGGUGCUACGAGAGACUUUCUUAACACCUCAUGGAUGAGGCGAAGUGAAUCCCAACUGGAUCCAAAAUGACCAAUCCAACCCAACUUGGAUGCGUAGGGUGCACAUUUAGGUGAAUUUGGGACGUUCUCCAGUGAAUAAUGGAAGCACUAUUUCCUAUGACUGUACCAUGUGUUUUAUACACUUGACGGUAUUUGUAAUCAGCCACAUUUAGGGGGCUACAGAUGAGUUUUUUUUAAGGCAAUGAAACCCAAUCCCUUUGAGAGCCACACCUUUAUUCUAAUACUCUAAAUGCUACAAUUUGUAAUUCCAAACAAAAGAAUUGUAUGUAUAUUAAUUUUUAAAUGUUUGAUUGUUCUUAGGCUAAUUUUAUUAAACAUAAUUGAAGGUAGAUUGUGAAAUCUCCACCUCAGCUGAAAACUUCCUCAAAUCACUGUUUUUGUAUUGGUCUAUAGACAUCAAUAUUGUUUCUCUAACAGAUGUUAACCACACCAACUAUACUUUAGUACUGUACUUUUGUGGAUUUAUUUGAAGGAUACAUAUAUCUUUUUUUGCAAUAUUGUUUGAUAACAACCAUAUGUCACUGUGUUAUUACAAUACUUAAGUUAAAAAAUCUCUACAAUUUUGGCUUCAGUACAGAGAAUAAAACAAAUAUAUAUGAGACUGUAAACAUGCUAAGGCCACAGUUUAAAUCUGUACAUUUGUGUCAGGAAGCAUAAACAGAAAUUAAUCCAUAUAUUUAUUUCUUAUUAAAACAUUGUUAUUCAUAGCUGAAAUAGUGUGAAGUUUGUAUUCUGCGGGUGCCGCCACACUCAUCAUUGCAGAGCAUCCAGGACUUCCAUAUUCAGUCAGUUUGGGAAUUCCAAUGGAUUAAUUAGAGAUUUGUGCAUUAAAUAUUCCAGCAUGAUUUCACACUGCCCAAUAUAAUGCUUUAUUUCCUCUUUCGGUUCCUUAAGGUUGUUAUAACCAGGGUGACAAUGGGGACAAGCUCCCCACCACCGAUUAAAUGCUCCCAAUGGCGUGUGCCUCAAAUAGGCUCUCACAACCAAGUCCAGCUCCUGGCCUUCACAUGUGGCUUAGCUACUAAGCCCAGCAGAACUGUUUCUACUGACAGGAGAAGGGGCAAAGGCAGGUUACUGGCACCUUAAAACCAGUCGCUUCAGGUAGAUGGGGCUUGUGAGCUGUGAUUGACAGCUCAUUUAGGAGAAGGAAAACUCAUCUCAAACCUCCGCUGCCUUCUGGCUAUACACACUCAUGGGGAAGGCUUCGGGAGUAAACCCAGAGGGAAAUAUCCAGAGCUAGAGUCCCAAAGGCAGUCCUACUGGAAACUCCUGCGAUGCUACUGGUACUAAACUUUGUCUGUCUCUGCCAUUCCUUUGAGUUCAUCAGAUGCGUGGAGAGGGGGAGCUUGCUACAUGGGCAACAGCUUGCUCUCCAAAUUGUACUACCCAGGCUUGCAUAUCCAGACAGCUAAGACAAUAUCCAUGGUCAACUUUGACCAACAGAAGUCUCAAACCUCAGAUUUCCUCCUCAUGCCUCUGAUUAUAUCCAGUUUUUUUUUAAUACAAGGAAAUAUGCAAGGCUGAUAAAUCUACAAUUCACAGACAUCAGGGAUGUUUUUUUUUCAAGUCAAAUUCAGUAGAUAUUGUAAACUUUACAAAGGCAUUUGAUAAGGUGCCACACCAAAAGGACUGGAGAAGGCAAAAACUCAAAGUUUGGGGGGAGGGGGUAGGGUGGAUUGGUGUUUGGUAAUGAUGGAGCCUGUUAAGAUACUAGGAUAAGAGAGUAUAGGCUUGUUAUUUUCAGGUUGAUGAGCUUCAACAAUUGGGAUAUUGUAAGGAUCAAUGGUAGGAUCAUAACUACUCAGACCGGCAAAAGUGCAUGGAUAUGUCCUUUGAUGGUACAUACAGAGCCUGUUCUACAAUUAUCCUGGGCUUCCUUGUCAGAAACUGAGAACUUGCUGUUAAGAACAUGUGUUAACUGAUGUAACAGUAAUCCUGUGUUAAAACAACAUUGGAAUGAUGGCUAAUCAUUCUUCAUUCCAAAGGUUUGAUUAAGAAGAAAGACUUGUAAUCAAUUUUAAUGACUUGGCUGAAGGAACAGAGUGUAGUCGCUGUAGUCGGGGUUUAUGAUGAUGUGAAGUGGUAAAAUGUGACAGACAGAAAUAUGUAAAUAAGCCAGAGAAUGGGUAAAAUUUGCAGAAGGGAUAUCCAUUUUGUUAGGAGAAUAGGAAAAUGUGCUCUUUAAAUAGUUCUACUCAAAGCUGCAAUAGAGAGAUAUCUGGGUGUCUUCAUUCAUGAAGCACAACUUAAGCAUAUAGAUACAAGCUGCAAAAGGAAGUACAAUGCUAACCUCUGUAUAAUUAAGGCCAGUUUAUAAAUAUCUUGAAUGUAACUGUACUGUUUACAAGUAAUUGACACUGUUUACCUCAGGUCACCUUGUUAUUGGAGACACACACUUGCAUUGGAGGUACCUCACAGGUUCACUUGGUUAAUUUCUGAGAUGAGGGCAUUGGUUUCUGAGCGAAGUCUGAAUAGCUAGAGCCUAUACCCAUUGGUUUAAAAAGACCGAUAAUAUCACUGAAGUAUAUAAUAUCCUGAUGGGAUUUGGCAUGAUGUACUCCUUCAAGGGGAAAUCUAAAAUUGUGGGGGUGGGGAGAAAGAGAGAUUAAACUUCAGAAUAAGGAGCUAUCCAGUUCCUACAAAGAACAGGAGAAAUUUAUUGUCAAGGGAGAUUUCAAAUCUUUGGAAUUCUUUACCUGAGAGAUCUAUGGAGUCUGAUUCACUCAAUCAUAUUCAAGGUCCACUUUGAUUUCUGAUUUACAGUGGAGUCAAGGUUAAAUCUACAGAUGAGAGAGUGGAGCUGAGAUUAAGUCAGAUGUGUUUCCUUGAAUGGAGGAGCAGGUUUAGAGAGUCAUAUCAUGUUCUCCUGUUUCUUAUUUUUAGGAAUUUGAAAGGUUUGGUUGGCUUAUAGAUCCUAGAUUGUAAAUAUUCAACAUGCAAGCUAUUUGGUUCAUAUAACAUUCUAUAAUAACUAUUUCAAUUUUAAAAUAGGCAGAAUAUAAAUUUAACCUGUGGUCAAAAUAUAUAUAUUGACCACGCCGAUCAGAAAUCUGAAUUUGCUGAUGACUGCUGACCUCUUUGCAGAGUUCUCAGUCUCCUUGACAAAAAAAAACGAUGUCAUCUGAAUAAAAAGGCUGCAUUACCAAACUGUAAAUGAACAGUCAACCUGUCCUUACAAAAUCAGGUUAGUGAGUGGAUGAUGUUAAACAUCAGUAUUGGAUAAAACUAAUUCUGUAACACAUAGCAAACCCUGAAAAUAACAGAAUAAAUUUGCACCUAAUCCACUGUUCCACAAAUUCAUCACCUCAUUUUGAACGUGUUUGUUCCCAUUAACUAAAAAAUUGUCUUCUGUAUUUGCUUAAUCCUGUAAAAAUAUACAGAUUUUCAGAACUGAAGCAAUCAACCACAAGAAUCCAGUCUCUACUUGAAAUAACAGUACUUAAGAUUCAUCUCAGUUUUUUUUAAUAGCAUUACAUUUCAUUAUGUUAUCAUAGAAUUUAUAAGUUUAGUCUGUAAAUAUACACAAACUUUUCUACCACGACUAUCAAGGAAAUAAAAAUUACUGAACUUUAAAAAACAAGUUGUUCCAGUCAGCAACAGUGUGAAAUACCCAGACAUAUUGCAGUGGCAGAUGCACAUAAACGUUAGGUGGAAUAUUGAGCAAUACAAGGUCAUCCUUUCAAUAUAAAAGCUGAUCAAGAAUAGGGCCUAUUGAUUGCUAGUAUGUUAGAUUCUUGGUUAGAAUUAUACACCAUGGAAGGAAACACUUUGAUUGAUUCUGAUCAUGGGGACUCUUGAAAGAACUACCAAUUGGUUCAAGUCCCCAGUGCUGGACAAACAAUAGAGAACAAACGAGACUACAAAGUCCAACUGAUCCAUGUUUGGAUCUUGUACUCCCAAUGGGCCACCUCAAACCCUACUACUCCUAAGUCUCCUUGUAUUAGCAUUCUAUUUCUUUCUCUCUCAUCAAAUGCUGCUUGUUUCGAAAUACUUUGACAUUUUAGUUAAUACAAGAUUAUAUGAUACAUACUGCAGCAUAAUUUGAGAGAAUACAUAGUGCAUAAACCGGCAAAAUGAAAUGUACAUUAAAAUUAUUUCAGAAAAAUAUUCAAAAAGUGAUUGGAAAUUGAAAUUGUAUUUUGCAGAAUGACUGUAACAAUGCAUUGGACUGAAAGUGUUACGCAACUAUAAUAGAUCAGAUUGAAAGCAUGAUUCUGGUAGUAGAGAAAUACGAAGUUCACCAUUUAAAAUUGAGUAUAAGCAUAUUAUCACAGUAGUUACAAUGCAAAUUUACUGAUGUUUUAAUAUAAAUAUGCUGAACAAGAAGAGCUUAGAGGUCCAUCUUUAUCCAGUUAUUGUGAAUAUGAUCUAAAAUAUGUUCUAUAUAGAUAUGAGAGUCGGUUGAAUAGGUGGUGUUCCUGCAGAAGCAACUUGCAGGCAUGAAAGAAGAACAUGAGCAAUAAACCCAGCAUUUUACUGAUGUAUCCAGUUUAAAAUUUACAUGCCACAGCACUUAGUAAUAAAGUUAAAUUUCAAUUACAACAAGUAAUUUUACUGAAGAAUUGGAGAUGUUCCAGGCUUCAUGGAAUUGUUGUAAUGGUUCAAUCAAAUCAUCAAAUUUAUUUAAUUACUAAACUGAAAAAUGUAAUUGACAAAUUGUAUAAAGCAAGUUAAACACAUUGCAUCUGCACCUUGUAGAAGGGGUUCCCAACCAUUUUCAUGCCAUGGACCUCUACCAUUAACCGAGGGGUCUAUGAACUCCAGGUUGGGAACUCCAGUAAGUGACAUGAACUGCAACUUGCUGCUUGGGUCCUGAAAAUGAGCUUCUAACCCUUAAAAAAAAGGAAAUUCAUUCUCAACAUUAACUGCAGUUAUUUUGAAAUUUCAACACCUCAGAUUUUGCACAUUUAUUGAGACUUUAUCCUCUUUAAUAAAUCAGAAUGUUCAUUUAAAAACUUUUAAGGAUGCAUUAAAUAAAAAUCUAUAAAAUAUAAAACAGUGCCUUAAACUGUUACGGUGAUUUAAGCAUAAAGUAAUUUAAUUGUUUUAAAAAUGUUGGCAAUUAUUUGUUUUACUAUUGAAAAGGAAUGAAGAAAUCUUAUUGAACAGAAAACUAUUCAGCUUUCAGAACAGGAAAUUCUGGCACUAGAAAUGUUAUCCAUUUUCAGUAAACUUUCCCUCCCGUCUUUCUAAAAUGGUAAGCACCUUUCACUUAGUUGAGAUAUUGUGUUCAGUAAACAUCAAACAUCAGCUUGUAUGCUACAAAUUCAAAAGCCAUUCCAACCAAACACAAUCCAGUUUGAUAUCAGUGGAAUGCUAAGUAAGUGCUAGAUUGUCACAGGUCUUAUAUUUUGGAUGAGACUAACCAAGGCACUCCGUCAAGAAUCAAGAUCGCAGCUGUUUAAUGAAUGAGGGCAUUCUCCUGAGCCCAAACCAUUAAUUUUCCCUCAACUAGCAUAACUAAACUCAAAUUAAAUGUCUUUGUUGAAAGGAAUCAGUAAGACAGAAUGGAAUGAAACAAAGAUUUUGUAAGUAUUGAACUGACAUAUUUCAUUGUAGGUCAACAGAUGAUUGUCCUACUAAUACUGCAAUAAACAAUUUUUACAUUGGCAAAAACGUUCUUAAGUCUGGUGAUAUAAGAGACAGCAAAAACUGAAAUCUGGAGUGAAAAUUAUGGUCAAACAACAGGAAUUCUGCAGAUGCUGGAAAUUCAAGCAACAUACAUCAAAGUUGCUGGUGAACGCAGCAGGCCAAGCAGCAUCUAUAGGAAGAGGCGCAGUCGACGUUUCAGGCCGAGACCCUUCGU